GCUUGCUUGCUUGCUUGCUACGUCGAAGCUUAUAUACUAACCUCAUUUCCCUGACCAAGUGGCAGGCCUCCCUAUGAUGAAAGGUCUUUAUCACUACAUAGUAUAAUAUUACUCAACACCACCGAUUUCCCCUGAUCUACCCUGCCAAUCAAUAUACCAACCAACCAACCAACCAACCAACCAAUCGACCCCAAGAAAUCGCACGAAGGACAGCAUGCCCCCUCCCUUCCCCACAAUAACCCUAACAGACUGCCACUGCGCCGGCGAAGUCGGUAACGUGGUAACCUCAGGCAUCGCCAACCCACCCAACACACCAACAAUGUACUCGAAACUGAUCCACUUCCGCACCCACAGCGACGACAUCCGACUGCUCCUGCUGAACGAGCCACGGGGCCGCUCGCCCAUCAACACCAACAUCCUGUUCCCGCCGUGCACGCCGACAGCCAGCUACGGGUUCCUGAUCCUCGAAAGCGACGAGUACCCGCCCAUGUCGGGCAACAACACGAUCUGCGUGGCGACGGUGCUGCUGGAGAACCAGCUGGUGGCGAUGCAGGAGCCCGUGACGCGGUUCGAUCUGGACACGCCGGCGGGACUGGUGCAGAUCACGGCGGACUGCCAGGACGGGAAGUGCAAGGCGGUGGCGUUUGAUAAUGUGCCGUCGUUUGUCUUCGCGCUGGAUUACGUGGUGCAGGUGCCGGGGGUCGGGGAGGUGAGGGUGGAUUUGGCGUAUGGGGGGAUGAUAUAUGCGAUUGUGGAUGUCAGGGGGUUGGUGGGGGCUGAGGGGAGGAAGAUUGGGGUGGGGAGGGAGGAUGCGGGCCGGUUGGUCGUGCUGGGGGAGAAGAUUAAGAGGGCGCUGUGGGAGGUGUAUAAUCCUGUUCAUCCGGAGAAUGAGGAUAUUCGCGGGGUAAGUAAUGUGGAGUUUGUGGAUGGGGUGGGCUUGGUGCGUGAGGAAGAGGGCGGGAGGAGGGUCGGGGUUAAUACGGUGGUGGUUUCGCCGGGGAGGCUGGAUCGGUCGCCCUGUGGUACGGGGAGUUCGGCGCGUAUGGCCGUGUUGCAUAAGAGGGGGUUGUUGGGCGUCGGGGAGGUGUUUGACCAUCGGGGGGUGCUGGGGACGGAGUUCGAGUGCUGGAUUCGCGGGACCACGACCGUGGGGGAGUAUGAGGCCGUUUUGCCAACUGUUAAGGGGAGUGCCUGGAUUAUGGGGUAUAGACAGGUGGUCUUGGACCCGGAGGAUCCGUUUCCCUCGGGGUUUAGGGUUGGCGAUCAGUGGGGGGUGGAGGGGUAUUUGUGA